AUGGCGGAUCAGACUCCCCGCACCGACGGCGUCCUCGCCGGCAACGACGCCAUUGACAACUCAUCUGGCAGUCAGAUCAACCACGCCCAGAAUGAAAAGUCCACCCCCGUUACACCCACCGGCCCCACCAAGAAGAGUGGUGUCGUGGGCAUGUUCUCCAAGCUGGGCGAUCUUCCCGAGUGGAAGGUGGGCGGCAAGCACCUCCAGGGCGCCGUGCUCAACUACAGCAUCGGCUUCAUCGCCUCGUGCGGUUUCCUCAUGUUCGGUUAUGACCAGGGCGUGCUCAGUGCCCUCCUCACGCUCGACGACUUCCAGAAGGACAUCCCCCUGAUGACGCCCCGGGACAGGAGCAACUCGAUAUGUUGGCUGGAGAAUGGAGACCCGGACCCGACCAUGUGCACGGGUGACCCCAACACCCAGGCGGCCGGCGUGGCUAUUUACCAGAUUGGAUGCUUCCUCGGUGCCAUCCUGAUUCUCUUCUACGGCGAGGUCUGGGGCCGCAAGUCGUCCACCUUCUGGGGCUCCGCCAUCAUGAUCCUCGGUACCGUCUUCCAGGCCGCUGCCAACGGCUAUGCUCUGCUUGUUGUCGGUCGUAUCGUCGGCGGUAUCGGCAACGGCAUGGUCACGUCCACCAUUCCUACAUGGCAAUCCGAGUGCGCUCGCCCUCACCAGCGUGGUUUCCUCAUCAUGAUCUCCGGAGCGCUCAUAUCGGGCGGUAUCAUGAUCGCGUACUGGGUCGACUACGGCUUCUACUUCCUCGAGGGCUCCGUCCGCUGGAGGUUCCCCAUCGCCUUCCAGUCCUUCUUCACCGUGAUCGUCAUGAUCGGCCUGUUGUACCUUCCCGACUCGCCUCGUUGGCUUGCCAUGCAAGGACGCAUGGAAGAGGCGCGCGAGGUCACCUCUCGUCUGCUGGGCAAGCCCAUUGACGAUGCUGCCGUUUCAACUGAGAUCCAGGCCAUCACUGAGGCCCUCGAGGUCCAGUCUCGCGGUGGUGGCUUCAAGUACAAGGAGCUGUUGACCAAUGGCCCAUCGCAGAACUUCAGGCGCACACUUCUUGGUAUUUUGAGUCAAUUUUUCCAGCAGAUCUGCGGCAUCAACCUCAUCACCUACUACGCGACCUUCCUCUUUGAAAACUCCCUUGGUUUCGACCCUGCCAUGUCGAGGUUGUUGGCCGCGGCGAACGGUACCGAGUACUUCCUGGCGUCGUUGAUUGCGCUGCCGCUGAUCGAGAGAACCGGUCGACGAAACCUCAUGUUGUUCGGUGCCUUUGGCAUGAUGGCGUCCAUGGCGAUCCUUGCCGGUACUGUGUCGACUGGUGCCGUCGACGAGUCUGGCGCACCCCAGCUUGAGACGCGCUUCGGUGUCACGGCCACGGUCUUCCUGUUCGUCUUCAACACCUUCUUCGCCAUUGGAUGGUUGGGCAUGACCUGGCUGUACCCUGCCGAGAUUACCAACCUGCGCAUCCGUAUCCAGGCCAACGCCCUGUCGACAUGCUCCAACUGGCUGUCCAACUUUUUGAUUGUCAUGAUCACACCACCUGCGUUUGCCAACCUCGGCUACAAGACCUAUGUCAUGUUUGCCGUCUUCAACGCGGCCAUCCUCCCGUGCGUCUACUUCUUCUUCCCCGAGCCCCGUGGGCGCAGCCUGGAGGAGCUGGACAUUAUCUUUGCAUCGGCCCACUUUGACAAGGUCAACCCCGUCAAGCGGUCCAAGGAGAUGCGUCACAUUGAGGGCCACGAGAUGGAGAGCGAGUUGGAAAAGUACUUUGGUGCGGAGGCGGCCCAGGUGGAGCGCGCGGCUUAG